AUGACACGCAACAUCUGCAUCACAGCCUCAGAUGGCCACACAGGCUUUCUCAUCGCUGAGCUGAUUCUCACAAACAGUGACUUCAAGAGCAAGGUCGACUCUGUCAGCCUGACAUGCCAAACUACAGGAGCAGUAAUCAUUCCGCACAAGCCUGGUCGUGAGCGCGAGAUGGUCAAGACUCUCACGGAAUCCGGUUGCGACACUGUGUGCUUGAUCCCACCUGCUCACAAGGAGAAGUACGACAUCACCGUCGAACUCAUCAAUGCGACCAAGAAGGCGAACGUGCCCAACGUGCUCUUCAUCUCCUCUGCCGGUUGUGAUGUUGCUGAGCGCGACAAGCAGCCCCAUCUUCGCCAGUUCAUCGAUCUCGAAGGCUUGGUCAUGGCUAGCAAGGGCGACGGAAGUACGUCAACUGGACACUCACCGUGCAUCAUCCGCGCCGGCUUCUAUGCUGAGAACUUUCUCACCUUUGCUCCUCAAGCACAGAAGGACGGUAUUCUUCCCAUUCCAAUCGGAACCAACCAUCUCAUGGCCCCUGUUGCGUUGGGAGAUGUCGCUCAACUCGCCGCCCACGUGCUCACCGGCCAAGGCGAAAAUGGGUUCAACGACCGUGACCGCGGCCAGCUUAUGGUCCUGACUGGUCCCCGGCUGUGCACGGGCAGCGAGCUAGCUGAAGUUGCGUCUGAGGUCUUGGGCGUUGAGAUGCAGUUCGAAGACGUCACCGAGUCCGAGGCUAAGAAGGUGUUCAAGGCGCAGAGCGACAGCGAUCCUAGUGAGCUGCUGUACCUGCUUGAAUACUACAGCUUGGUGCGUGAGGGCAAGACGAACUACAUCUCUACGAAUGCGUUUGUGAACGUCACGGGCAACCAUCCACAGGAGCCUCAUGACUUCUUCAAAUCCUACGCCGAGUCUUUCUUGCCGAAGGGUCAGACUGACGGACAUGCGUCGAAGAAGAGGAAGACCUAAAUCACGGCUUAGUCUGCACCGCGAUACGCGACGAAAUGGUCGUCUGGUAUGAUGGGAUCUUGACCGUUCCGCUUUUCCAUUUGGGUUUGUCAACUCGUCUAGGAUAGAACGUCGAUUCUGGAACG